UCCUGGGAAGCCAAUGGCCAGACACUUUCCCAACGCUCGGCUCGGCCACUGCGGCUGCGCGGGAGAUUCGAAUCGGCGGCGCUAGUUCCAGCGUUGUUAGGCCUGCUGUUGGCCCUCGUCCUUCAGCGAUGGAUAACCCGGGGAAUGUCUUUCAAAUGUUUGAAACCCAUAUGCAGAGCUACAAGGGCAGUGACCCGCUUGGUGAAUGGGAAAGUUACAUACAGUGGGUAGAAGAGAAUUUUCCUGACAAUAAAGAUUACUUGGUAAUGUUAUUAGAACAUUUAAUGAAGGAAUUUUUAGAUAAGAAGAGAUACCACAAUGACCCAAGAUUCAUCAAUUAUUGUCUAAAAUUUGCUGAGUUCAACAGUGAUCUUCAUCAGUUUUUUGAAUUUCUGUAUAACCAAGGGAUCGGAACCCAGUCGUCUCCUCUAUACAUAUCCUGGGCAGGGCACCUGGAAGCCCAAGGACAAUUACAGCAGGCCAGUGCCAUUUUUCGGAGAGGAAUUCAAAACCAGGCUGAACCUAGAGAGCUGUUGCAGCAGCAGUACAGGUUAUUUCAGACACGCCUCACUGAAACCCAUUUGCCAGAUCAAGCUAGAACCUCAGAACCUCUGCAUAAUGCUCAGAUCUUAAACCAAAUGGUAACGUCAAAAUCAAGUCCAGGAAAGAACUCAGCCUGUACUAGAAAACAGGGUUCAGAAUGUUCUAGAAGGGUUCCUUCAGCUUCUGCUAAAGAGUCAAAUACGGAACAAAGGGUGAUCAUGAUUUCUAAAUCAGAAUACUCCACACACUCGUCUUCGGCAGCAAAAUCUGAUGUCCAACAAGUCAUUAUGUACUGCAAGGAGAAACUUGUUUGUGGAGACUCUGAAUUUUCCUUUGAAGAACUGAGAGCCCAGAAAUACAACCAACGGAGGAAACGUGAACAAUGCGGAAAUGAAGACAGAUACUAUGUGAAAAGAAAAGAAGCAAAUGCUUUUGAAGAGCAGCUGCUACGGCAGAAAGUGGAUGAACUCCACCGGAAGCUGCAUCAAGUGGUGGAGCUCUCCCAUGAGCAUGUGCCCACCCUCCAGGAAAGCACUGAGGUGCGUGUGUGCUCUUCACCCGCACAGCCUGUGCCCAGCGGAGCUUUGUGUUUGGAGGCUAAUCCAGCACAUACAGGGCCAAGUGUAGACUCCCAGCAGGAACAAAAAGCUCCGUAUCUUCCAGCCACCAAUCAGCAGACCUCAAACAACUUGGGAGAGAAGCUCAGAGAAACACCUCUGCCUCCUGUCACUCCUCCUAUGGCACAUGCUGCUCUGGCUUCCCCAGCCAUCACCCAGAGUGAAGUUCCUCCUUUUCCCUUCACAGCCCAGCCAGUGACAGACCCCAGAUGUAUGAGUCUAAAUUCUCAUCAACUCAAGCCACAAAGUGAAGCUGAGAGAGGGAAAGGAUGUGAUGCACAGAAGGUCACUAGCACAAGUUCUUUUCACACUACUCCAAACACCUCCCUGGGAACGGCUCAGGCAACACCAUCCAAAGUGCAGCCAUCACCCACUGUGCACACGAAGGAAGCCUUGGGUUUUAUCAUGAAUAUGUUUCAAGCUCCUGCACUUCCUGAUAUUUCUGGUGACAAAGAUGAAUGGCCAACUCUAGAUGAAAAUGAAAAUGCAUUUGAAGCCCAGUUUCAAAAAAACACAAGUUCCUCUGAGGCUUGGGGAGUCAAUAAGAUUGUCUCUUUGCCUUCUGGUUUUCCUAUUUUUGAAGAUGGAAACAAAGAAAAUUAUGGAUUACCACAGCCUAAAAAUAAGCCCAUAGGGACCAGGACCUUUGGGGAACGCUCUGUCAGUGCAUUUCCUUCAAAACCAAAUGAAGUGCCUCAGCCUAACGGUGAAGAGUUUUUAGACGAUUCAACGGUAUGGGGUAUUCGCUACAAUAAAACCCUGGCACCCUGUCCAAAGAGCAUAGGAGACUUCACAUCUGCUGCCCAGCUGGCAUCUACACCAUUCCACAAACUUCCAGCAGAUUCAGUGUACAUUCUGGAAGAUAAAGAAAAUGUGGUAGCAGCACAGUGCACCCCUAUGGCUGUGGAUUCCUGUAAAGAAAACGUGGUGAAACCCUUGAAAGAGAAGAAGUUCAGUCCAAUUCAAGAGGAAAGCCCAAAACAAGCACUCCUGACGGACCUAUCUUCAGCAUCCCUGCAGCAUCUGAGCCAGCCUGCUGCAGGUGGUGUGCUCACCCAGGAAGCUGCACAGGGCCUUGAGGGUUAUAAACUCACAGACACUGACCCCGCUGCUGUGGAGGCUAGCGCUGAACUCCACACAGAGCGGAUGCAGCCCUGCUCACUUAGGAAUGUCAAAGCUCCAGACUUCACUAUUGAAAACCCAUGGGAUGAGGAAUUGAUUCUCAAGCUGUUAUCUGGGCUUUCUAAACCAGUGAGUUCCUACCCAAAUAUGUUUGAAUGGCAAUGUAGACUUCCAGCCAUCAAGCCCAAGACUGAAUUUCAGCUGGGUUCUGUGCUGGUCUACGUCAGUCAGCUUCUUGGAACAGGUGCCUUUGCUCAAGUCUACGAAGCUACCCACGGAGAUAUGAAUGAUCCCAAAAAUAAACAGAAGUGCGUUUUAAAGGUGCAGAAGCCUGCCAGCCCCUGGGAAUUCUACAUUGGGACCCAGCUGAUGGAGAGAUUAAAGCCAACUGCGCGGCACAUGUUUAUCAAAUUCUAUUCUGCCCAUUUAUUUCAAAAUGGUAGCAUUUUAGUGGGCGAUCUCUAUAGCUACGGAACAUUAUUAAAUGCCAUUAACCUCUAUAAAAAUACCCCUGAAAAAGUGAUGCCUCAAGCUCUCGUCAUUGCCUUUGCUCUCAGAAUACUCUUCAUGAUUGAACAAGUCCACAGCUGUGAAAUCAUUCAUGGAGACAUUAAGCCAGACAAUUUCAUACUGGGAAAUAGAUUUUUGGAGCAGGAUGAUGAAGAUGACGAUUUAGCUGCUGGCUUGGCACUGAUUGACCUGGGUCAGAGUAUAGAUAUGAAACUUUUUCCAAAAGGAACUACAUUUACAGCACGGUGUGAAACAUCUGGUUUUCAGUGUAUCGAGAUGCUCAGUAAUAAACCAUGGAACUACCAGGUUGAUUACUUUGGUGUUGCUGCAACAGUGUACUGCAUGCUUUUUGGCACUUACAUGAAAGUGAAAAAUGAGGGAGGAGUCUGGAAGCCUGAGGGCAUUUUUAGAAGGCUCCCUCAUCUGGAUACGUGGAAUGAAUUUUUUCACACCAUGCUGAAUAUACCAGACUGUCAACAUCUUCCAUCUUUGGAUGUGUUAAGGCAAAAGCUAAACAAACUAUUUCAGGAACAUUAUGCAAACAAGAUUAAAACCCUGCGUAACAGGCUAAUUGUACUGCUCUUAGAGUAUAAGCGUAUGAAAAAAUAAAGUGUAGAUAUGGAUUCUCCAGAAAUCAUUUUGUAAAUACUAACCUCUCACUUUGUAUAUGUGCUACCAAAGUGAGUACUAACCUCUCACUUUGAACCUCAGUUUUUUCUACAUUUAUUGUAUAUUUUAAUGUUUAUUAAGAAUAAAAUAAAAAAAAAAUCCAUAGAGAGAGAAAGGAAA